UACUACUUGUGGACUAAUUGAACCAGUAUACCUGCAUACAACAAAUAUUUACCUUUAAAUACAAAAACAAAUUUCAACAGCACCUGAGCGUGCUGUUUGAAAUAAUAAAUUCGGGGUAAUAUGUCUUUAUUUCGGUGAAGUCUUUUCAGUCGCUGGAUUUCCGGGAUGUGGUCAUGCUACGUCACAGUCUCACCCUUCCCCGCGUUGUCUCCUCACAUACAGCAGCGGAGAGGUCUGCCCGAGCUACUGGUCUCUGAAAACACUAUAGUUUGUCCGGCAUCAUGAGUCAGCGGACCGAGCGACGGGGGAUACAUGUGGACCAAUCAGACCUGCUGUGCAAAAAGGGAUGUGGUUACUAUGGCAACGCAGCAUGGCAAGGCCUGUGCUCCAAGUGCUGGAGGGAGGAGUACCAGCGGGUACGGCAGAAACAGAUCCAGGACGACUGGGCUUUGGCAGAAAAGUUGCAGAGAGAGGAGGAAGCAGCGUAUGCCAGCAGUCAUGGAGCGCAGACACAGUCUCACUCUCAGCCCACAGCGCCUCCGACACACCCAGGACACGCCUCGCUGGGACCCUUCUCCAAGUUUGAGGAGAAAAAGACCAACGAGAAGACUCGGAAAGUGACCACUGUGAAGAAGUUCUUCAGCCCGUCGUCACGCACGGCUCCCAAGAAAGAAACCCAAGAAGUGAGAACCACGAGUCCGUCUCUGAGCCGCCACGCUAGCUUCGAAACAGACCAAGUGUCCAAGGACUUUGUGGACUUCUUAAAAAACCUCCAAAAGCCGGGGCGGGAGAUCCACAAGCAGUCCCGAGCCUUCAUCGUGAACAUGCUGAGCAAAAAGGACCUGAGUGCUGACGAGCUGUCAGAGUGUGUUCAGGACUUCUACCAGAACAUGGCCGACCGCCUGAUGAGCCACUUUAAAGGAUCCUCAGAGUCGGUGGAGCAGGUGAUGGACCAGGUGGAGAAGUACAUAAUGACUCGUCUGUAUAAGAGCGUGUUCUGCCCUGAAACCACUGACGAUGAGAAGAAGGACCUGGCCACACAGAAGAGGAUCAGGGCUUUACACUGGGUGACCAUUCAGAUGCUCUGCGUGUCUAUGGAUGAAGAAAUCCCUGAAGUCUCUGAGAACGUGGUCAAAGCCAUAACAGAUAUCAUUGAGAUGGACUCAAAGCGAGUUCCUCGGGACAAACUGGGCUGCAUCACACGCUGCAGUAAGCAAAUCUUCAGCGCCAUCAGGAUCACAAAGAAUGAGCCGGCCUCAGCGGACGACUUCCUCCCUGCGCUCAUUUACAUCGUGCUGAAGGCGAAUCCUCCGCGGCUUCAGUCCAACAUCCAGUACAUCACCCGCUUCUGCAACCCCAGCAGGCUGAUGACCGGAGAGGAUGGAUACUACUUCACCAACCUGUGCUGUGCAGCGGCCUUUAUCGAGAAGUUGGACGCCCAGUCUCUCAACCUUUCCCCAGAGGAGUUCGAGCGCUACAUGUCAGGCCAAGCCUCGCCACGUAUCAACAACUCUGAUGGUGACUGGCCCGGCGCGGGCCCGGCACCAGAUGUGGCUCCCACUAACCCUGUCUUGGCUCAGCUCAACCACAACCUGGAGCUGCUGUCCGGCCUCAGCAGCAGACAGGAGACCAUGAUGGAGACGGCUCGGAGCCUGCAGGCCGACCUCCUCGCGUGGCCUGAGGCCGUACAGCGAGAGGUGAACGACAUCCUGGAGAAGUACCCUCUGGAGAUUCUCCCUCGCACCGUCUCUGCCAUCGAUGCCAACAACAUGGACAAUGACAACCUGCCACCGCCUCUCACUCCUCAGGUGUUUGCUGGGUAGAGUUCCACCAACAUUUCAAACACAGAUAUUUUUCUGUUGUCUGGUCAGCUCAUUUCAAUGAUCUGAGUUUCAUGAUAACAACCCUAAUGCACUAAUCCUGAAUAGUUUGGAGCCUUAACUUGCUGAGCUUGUUUUGCACCUUAAACACACACCAGUAUUUAUUCGGGGGAAGUUCUUUCAUUUUCAGCGUUAAGGAGCUUUGUGAGUGGGGAACACAUGAGCUGCACGUUUCUAACCCUGGUCAACUUUGACCGUCAGAUUUGGGUCAUUGACCAAUACAACUGGCAAACCAUCUAAGGACGGCCUGGCCAUGAAAAAUAAAAAAUGAAUGUGUGCAUAAUUAAGAAUUAAAAAAAGAUCAUUUUAUUAGCCUAUUAUAAUAUUUAUAGUUUUUAUCUUUAGUUUUUAUACUUAUUAUAACUUAUUGUUCAGUCAUGGCUGUAAGUUAGUCCCUCAGACGCUGUGAUUGGACUCUUGACCUUUCUUCAUUUUGGUGCUCACUUAAAGAAACCUCCCCCUCACCUCCAAAUACUAAUAACAGUGCUUCUGUACUGUCUGCAGUGUUAGCUGGAUUUAUAUCUUUGUUUUAUAUGUUUUUAUUCAGGCAUUUCAAUCAUGUUACCAGAGAUUACACGAUAACAGAGCUUAUUCAUUUUGUAGCUUCAAAAAGUUAGCUGGUUAGCUUGUUAAUGAAAGUCGAGGAGCAAGCGAAGGUGAUUAACUUGACAUGUUCACGGAGUCUUAAUAAAAUAAAAGUGUACAAACCUUCAAACUAAGGUUAGUUGGGAGUAAACAUCAUAGUUAAAGCCACCCAAAAGCCCCAUAAGGGUCUCUCUGUAUAUUCUGUCAGAAAAUCAAUGAGUCAACACGUCUUUGUUGUACAAGGGUCGGUGUUUGAUAAAGAUACUGCUCUAAAGAACCUGAAUCAACCUGCUGACAUCAAAUGACGUGCAGAGAGGUUAGCCUGCUGAAAAGAGCUAACAUUCAUGCUAGCCCUAAAAACUGUGAGAUAAAGAAUAAAGCAUGAACUUCUCUUGUGACAAAGUUUGGACUUUAUUCAUUUGCGAGACGAUAACACUUUCAGUUGCCAUUGAACACCUACAGCAUGAUAACAUCAUUAAAACACACUAAAUCACAGCUAGCUUACUUUUAACAAAGCAUAUAUGCUAGCUGAGGUUUAGCAUUCCCAUAAGGUAUGAUCUCACUGUUGUUUCCCCACACUGCUAAUUAAAUGUAACUGAUGUGUUUGUUAGAGACUUCAGAUUAAGGAUUAUUUCCAGGUAUACUUGAAAACAUCACUUUAUUGUGUGGUUUUAAAGGUUUAAUAUCGCUAUCUUUGCUGUUGACUGUUUUUCACUCUUAAACCACAUAUUUUGUUUAUUCUGCUGCAGGUUGUGUACAGGAAAUAAAUAUUACAAGGAUUAUUAUUACUGAUUUGCUGUAUAUUUAUACUGUUUAACUUAAAGCAACAUGAUCCUGUUUCUUGCUGUUUUUAUUUUUUGUGACCAGCUGUAAUAAUGUUAGACGAAACACUGAACCACUCCUCAGAGAAACUUCUUAUUUGCUUAUUGUUUGACAUUUUAAAUUAACUUAAAAAGGCUUGUGUGUGUGUGUGUGUGUGUGUGUGUGUGUGUGUGUGUGUGUUUUAUUAGAUCUGAUAAAAUUGCCUGUCCUUUAGGGGCUUUCUGUGGAUUCAUCUGUAGAACUUACCAGAAGAAUAAAACCUGAGCUAUAUAAUCUAAGACUACAAGGAAUAUUCUUAAUAAACAUUCAUGUUGUUAUUCUCUGACCUGAUAUCUGUUAAAAAAAAAACACACCAGUAUUGUCUGGUCACCUGUUGAAACACUGAUGCCCUCUGUGGGGAUUUUACGAUAUGUGUGUAUUUGUGCUAAUUCAUGGAAUGGCUAGCAGAGGGACGAAGAGCGACUACUGAGAGAGAAUAUGUGCUCAUCUACAGUGAGACCCUGGCUCUGUUGGGGAAAGUGUUUGACUAACUCAGAUUUGACUGUAUAAAAAUGUAUUAAAACGUACUCCACCUCCAGCA